AUGGCACUUUUUACGAUAGGGAUAAACUUGAUCUCGACGGGCAGGUUGAAAGGAAGGAUAUUUCUAAUGAUAUUGAGGGGGUUGGCCAGUACUCAGUUUCCAGGUGUUGGGUCUUCAAAAGAACUAAUAAGGUUGUGGAUUUCGGGCUUGUGUUUUAUGUACGUGGAAUUCCAUGCCGGUGGCUUUUCUUUCAAGAGAAAGGAAAAUGGAUGCACUGCUUCAAAAAGAGUCAAUUGUUCAGCCCAGACACCUCCUCCGGCUUGGCCGGGCCGGGCUGCCGUCGAUUCCGACAGAAAAUUGUGGGAGGGACCGAAACCCAUUUCAAUUGUUGGAUCCACUAGCUCCAUUGGAACACAGACAUUGGAUAUAGUUGCUGAAAAUCCGGAUAAGUUUAAGGUUGUUGCUCUUGCCGCUGGUUCAAACGUGACUCUUUUUACCGAUCAGGAGGCUCUAGCUGAUGUUGAAGAAAAGCUCGAGAUCAUACCGGGAGAGGAGGGAAUCAUUGAGGUCGCUCGGCAUUCAGAUGUUGUUACUGUGGUGACGGGGAUUGAUGGAUGUGCAGGUUUUGAAGCCGCCAUAACAGCAGGAAAAGACAUAGCUUUGGCUAAUAAAGAGACAUUAAUUGCUGGAGGGCCUUUUGUUCUUCCUCUUGCACACAAGCACAAAGUUAAGAUUCUUCCGGCAGAUUCCGAACAUUCAGCUAUAUUUCAGUGCAUACAAGGCUUGCCCGAAGCAAAUGCUUUAAAGCAUCCCAAUUGGAAUAUGGGGAAAAAGAUUACGGUCGACUCUCCCACACUCUUUAACAAGGAUCUAUGGUGGAAUCCUGUAGUAAGGGAGCAAGCAAUAAUGAGAAUUCACCGGAUUGGCCAGAAGAGGACUGUCCAUGUAAGAAGAUUCAUUCUCAAGAUUACGUUUCUAUAUAUCUGGCUUCCCACCAUAUGCUCCGACGCUUCGGCCAAUGUGCCUGGGGAGCAGCUGAGAUUCGAGGUCAGCAACAUUCAGGAUGAGCCUCCUGAAUCAACAAGGAUGCGUGCACCGACUGGUUCGGGCGACUGCCCAACGAUGGAGGACGUGUGCGACCAGCCGCUUAGGGUAAGGGAGGUGACGAGCAAUGUGCUGGAGCCAGAAAAAAGGUGUGAAAUUUUUUAG